AUGGGAGGGAGGCUUUCCAUGCCAAAGGCCGCCGAUGGCCUGAGUGAAACUUCCAAACCAACUUCUGCAAACGCACGCGCCCGUCUCACGCGGGGUCGAGGCAUCAUCAAUGGCCGUACAAUCAUGGCGCCAUUAGCUGCCUUUACAAUGGCUGGUCUCCUCUUCGUCUACGCUCGAACUUCGAUACGAGCCGCAAAGCUCAACGCAAAAAAGCACCGCGAGGCAGAUGGUGGGCAGAUUAGCUGGCACAAGGAGAGCCUGAGGCGGCAUGGGCAGAUGGAAAAAUUAGACGAUGAUAAAGGGACGUUUAGCGAAGCACUCAUGGGAGACAUUCGGAAAAAGAAGAAGCAACAGCAGAAGGUUGAGGAAAACCAGAAGGCGCCGGUGGAGAGGUCGGAAAACGAGGCAGAAUUGAGGAAGAUCUUGGGAAAGAAAGACUAA